AAAUUUAUCAACUCGUAAAUCUGUCUCACGUGAACAUAGCCGCCGUAAAACAGGGAGAUGAUGGCCAGUUUCUGGAUAAUAUAAUUAUGAUCAACGAAGCAGAUUCAAGAGGUUGUUUUCAUCCUCGCCAGAACAAGAUGCGUGGAUUUAAGUGACAAUGUUUCAGCCGGUAAAGAGGCUGAACUCCAGGCCAGCCGUUGUAUCACGGAGAUGGACUUCUAUUCCAAAUACAACCAAGCGCAGCGAUGAGUUAGAAGAUGAUGAUGACGAGGGGGAAACGAAGCCUUUUGAUACGAAAACAAGACGAAAAUUGAGGUUAAUGGACACACACCUGACAUCGGAUACCAUAAUCCAGAAUGACCGCUCGCCUGUUCAUCGCCCUCAGGUGUGGUCAGGUGAGAAUGGGCCAGAGAAAAGUUGCAUCACAGAUAUGACAAACCCUUCAAAAUCACCGCAAAAAGAGGCAUCGAAAUCCCAUCUAAAUGACGUUUCAAAUGGAGUGUUGGACCCAGACGGUAACGUCUGCUACAAAUGGAUGGUUGUCAUCACCACGGCAGCCCUCUAUAAUAUCGUCGUUAUCGUCCUACGGCUUGCAUUUACUGAGAUGAGGGAACACGUAUUACCAAGCACGAUAUUCACCGUCCUUGACCUCGGAUGUGAUGUUGUAUACCUGUUCGACAUUGUAGUACAAAGUCGUGUGUCUUACUAUGAGGAUGGAUGCCUGGUGUCGGAUGUCCAAAAGGUGUGCGAGAGAUACUGGGGACGGACAAGGUUUAAAAUGGAUCUGCUAUCCAUCCUACCACUCCAUACAGUCAUAUACGUGUGCCAAGGAUUGCUGAAAUAUAUUGAUAUUGGCAUUGGUUUCGAGAAAUAUCAAGGAUUCUACAUAUCCAUAACACGGUUACCAAGGCUACUAAAGGCUCGCACUGUCUCCGGUUUCUUCGACAUUACCGACAGCCGUACGUCUAACCCGAACUGUGUCCGGGCCAUCAAACUCUCCCUGUACCUACUACUGGUCAUACACUGGAUUGGCUGUUUGUAUUAUAUCGUAUCAUUGUACGAAGGCAUUGGGUCUACCGAAUGGGCAUAUUCAAGUGGAAACUAUCCGGAUAACUUUAUAAGGAAAUACAUCUGCUGUAUCUAUUGGUCACUACUCAUACUGACCACUAUAGGGGAGAGACCGCCGCCUCAGACCAAUCUGGAACACGUGUUCACAGGAUUGACGUUUGUUAUUGGUGUAUUUAUAUUUGCUGCCGUUGUCGGUAACGUCGGUGACGUCAUCAGUAAUUUAAAUGCAUCUAGACAAGAAUUCCAAUCGAGGAUGGACCAGAUAAAGUUUUACCUGAGGCACAGGAAUGUCCCAAUACCAUUACAGAACAGAGUCAAACGGUGGGCUGACUACACUUGGUCCAGAAAUCAAGCCAUGGACGAGCCACAGCUGCUACAAAUGUUACCGGAGAGACUUCAGAUGGAGAUCGCCAUACAAGUCCAUCUAGACACCCUCAAAAAGGUCACUAUUUUCGAAGAAUGUGAGGAGGGACUUUUGAGGGAGUUGGUGUUAAAACUACGGCCACAGAUCUUCUCGCCGGGAGAUUAUAUAUGUCACAUCGGAGAUAUAGGUCGUGAGAUGUACAUCAUAAACCAUGGAAAGAUAGAGAUUAUUGUUCCUUGUGAUGACACAGGACAUAAACAGACAGUAGCUACUUUAGGAACUGGUAAUUACUUCGGGGAGAUCAGUCUGCUCAAACUUGAUUCCGGACAAAACAGGAGAACUGCAGAUGUCCGGUCUGUUGGGUAUUCUGAGCUGUUGCGGCUUUCCAGGAAGGACCUGCUUACGGCACUGGUGGAAUACCCUGAUGCAAAAGUGAUACUGGAAACACAAGCCAAGCUGAGGAUGAACGAGACUAGAGUCAUUAGAAACACCAAUGGGGACGAACCGACUCUUCCAUCUUCAGAACGUCAGACGAACGAAUCAUCUAAGCGUAAGCGUGAUUGGCUGACAGGAAUUGUCCAAUCAGAGAGCUUCAAGAAACUUUUGGAGAACAAGGGUACGGAGUUGUCGGAGCUAAAGACGAUCGUCAACCAGUUGAAGGAUUAUCAGACACAGAUACUUGAAAAAGCAAAUACCCGUUCAGUGGAAAAGAGAAAACGGCUUGAAAUGAAAUUGCAACAAUAUGACAUCAAUCUUCGAAAAGCGAACUCAAGGAUAGAACAACUCCAACAAGCCUUAAAUUCGUCAUGUUCGUGUGGGAAACGGUCAAAAUCUGUCAAAAUAGAAAGUCCAUUUAAAAGCAAAAUUGCGCGAUCUUCGUUUUCGGAUAGAUCUUGCAGACUAUCGAUAAGAAAGAAAUGUGCUUCCGAACACUACCUUGAGCGUCGGGGGAUGACGUCGUUAACAAGUUUUGAUCAAGGUCAGCCACAACCUAAACACGGAAGGUCAGGUUCGAACUCGAACUCUACCCAGAUGAAUAGGUCACAGAUUAAUGUAACACAUUCCGACAACACGGAACCGGUCAAACAAAGUAGUGGUUACUCAAGUGACACUGAAACCAUGGCAACACUAUUGCGGGUCAGUAGUGCACUGCGCCUGCGCCACCAAUCACAGACGAGCACCGAAAGCAAUUGUGAUUCGAGUAUCUCCACUGACGCAGAUCUUGAGUCAGAUUGGGAACCGGAUUCCGUGAGCAACGCCAUUCCACUUACACAGUUGACAAAUAGUCCACAGAUCAACAAAACACGGCGACGAUCUUUUUUCAAAGAAACAAAUGUUUAGUUAUGUAUCAUUUAAGCCAAAGAAAAUCGUCUGUUUUGAUUAUAAUUAAUUUUCAUAUUAUUUUACACAAUGUCAUUGAAAUUUCGAUACUUGUUUUUUGGGUUUUUUUGUUUUUUUGUUUUAAAUUUAUUUUACUUUUACUUUUGAAAGAAUGCAGGAACAUUGAUGUUGGUGUGAAAAAGAACUGUGCAGGAACGACAGUAGUCCUGAACAUUUCUAUACGCUCAAAUAUUGAAUUCUACAACAACAGAUAGAAAAUGACUUUCGCAUACAUCUUGGUGAAAGGUGGACUUUCGGCUAAUGUUAUUCAGAAGGGUUCAAUACAUUGCAAAUUGGAGACACUUCUUGACAUCAACUAAUGAAGAAAUUGUGAAGAUUUCAGAACACUGAAAUAUAUUUCCUGUGAAACGGUGUUCAGAAAUUUCGAAAUAAGUUAUAUGUUUCAUCGUACAAUCAGAACUGGAGGAGAUUGUGUUUUGUUUCCAAUAUCACUGCCUUAUGGUCCAUAUUGAUACAGUAUCUAAUAGUGGUGUCGUAGUAUUUUAGCCACGGCAUGCUUAACGGUUUAGCGUUGGUUAGUGAUGUGGAAUAUCAUAGGAGUCAUGGCCGCAUACACUGGCAUGGAAGUAUCUUAUCAAUGAGAACAUUUAUAAUAGAAUUAUACGCAUAAUAUUGAAAAUUCAUUGAAACGAAAUAUAAGAAUACUUUUACAAAAUCACUUCUCCAGUUGUCUGUGGCCACGCCGAGAGCAUGUGGUUUGUUUAAAGUCAAGAACAGUUUACAUCUCUGAUGCAAAUUGAGUUAAAUCAAUGUAUUAACGAUUCAAAUUACUUACAUGUAUAUAUGUGUUUCUGUACUAGGAAUGUGAUAUCUGCUACAAAUGUUACUAUUGAAUAAACUAUUUCCCUAUGUCAA